AUGCCAAACAAGACAGCGCUGGCCAUCCUCGCGCUCUCGCGCCUCGUCGACUUCUGGCAAAUGGCGUCCCUCCAGUCCUACAUGGUCGAACAACUCCGCUCCUUCGACAUCGGGAUCCCCACCGCCUCCCUCUCGUACCAGGCCGGCGUCCUGCAAGGCUCAUUCACGUUCGCGCAGAUCGUGACUUCCAUUCUCUGGGGCCGUGCGGCAGACUCGCCGCUCGUGGGACGCAAGGCGGUUCUGCUGAUUGGGCUUCUGGGGACCGGGCUGAGCUGCGUAGGGGUGGCGUUUAGUCUGAGCUUUGCGCAGAUGGUGGCGUGGAGGGUGCUGGGAGGGGCGGUCAACGGGACUGUGGGCGCUGCCAGGACCAUGGUCGCGGAGAGCGUGGACAAGAAGUGGCACUCGAGGGCGUUUCUACUUUUGCCGGUCGCGUUCAAUGUUGCUAACAUACUUGGUCCGGUUGUUGGGGGUGCUCUGGUGCAUCCUGUGUUGACACACCCGCGCUUGUUCGGCGGAGCGUAUGUGUCGAGUGUCCUCGAGGCUUUUCCAUACGCGCUGCCUAGUCUGCUAUGUACUGCUCUUCUCUUUGCAGAAGCUGGACUGGUCACAGUGUUCCUAGAAGAAACGCUAGCCACGAAAAGGCAUGACCGGUCGUUUGUAGAUCAGAUGACGGACAUGUAUCGUGGCGUUGUUGCGGUUCUGUCUACUCGCAACGGACAGAAUGCUCACAGCAUCCUCGAGAAGCGUGGGCCAAAUGGACACCAAUCAGCCCGGCUACCCUUCUCGAAGAUCUGGACACCGAACGUGCUAUGGACACUGCUCAGUGUCGCCAUCUUCGAUCUGCACAUGGGCGCUUUCUCCGGCCUGUGGAUCAUAUUCCUCUCGACUCCACGCCCCACACCAGAUCAAACAGCCAGAACAGACGCCGUGCACUUCACAGGCGGCCUCGCCUUCUCGCCGUCUCUCCUCGGCUCGUCGCUAGCGAUCCUGGGCAUCGUCGGCCUCGCGCUGCAAAUCCUGCUCUACCCCUGGGCAAACGCGCGCUUCGGACUCAUGCGGUGCUUCCGCUACUCCCUCCUCCUCUUCCCCCUCGCAUACGCUCUCGCGCCGUAUCUCGCGCUGCUGCCGUCGGCGACCGCGCCGCCCCAGCCGGCGUCGGGCGUGCUGAUCUGGCUCGGCAUCGUCCUCAUGCUCACGCUGCAGGUCUCUGCGCGCACGUUCGCGCUGCCGGCCUCCAUCAUCCUGGUCAACAACGCAAGUCCACACCCCACCGUUCUCGGCACUAUCCACGGUGUCGGGCAGAGCGUGAGCUCUGCGAUGCGCACGCUGGGUCCCGUGGCGGGAGGUUAUUGGUUCGGGGUUGGUUUGGAAAGGGGGAUCCUGGGGGUGGGGUGGUGGGCUAUCGCGGGCGUUAGCGCGGUGGGGUGUCUUGCGAGCCUAUGGGUGAAGAACGGGUCGGGGUAUGAGAUCGUGCUCGAGGAAAACGAGGACGAGGCCAGAAACAAAGGCUAG